CCACGCCCCUGGCCGCAAUGCACUCCGGGCACUAGGAAGACCUCCAGAAGAAGCUCCCCGCGCAGCGCGGCGGUGUUUUGCGGCCUGUGCGAGUAGGCGCUUUGGAACCAGUCUCCCAGAUAGCGGCGCGCAGAAACCUCGAACCGGUGGAGCCCACUCGUAACCUGGAGCCCAGAAGACCGCGAAGACAGUACCGUUUCCUCAGCGGCGGACCGCUGCAGUAAGAAUGUCUUUCCCCCCUCAUUUGAAUCGCCCUCCGAUGGGGAUCCCAGCACUCCCACCAGGGAUCCCACCCCCCCAGUUCCCUGGCUUUCCACCACCCGUGCCUCCAGGGACCCCAAUGAUUCCUGUACCGAUGAGCAUUAUGGCUCCUGCUCCAACUGUCUUAGUACCCACUGUGUCCAUGGUUGGAAAGCAUUUGGGAGCAAGAAAGGAUCAUCCAGGCUUGAAGGCUAAAGAGAAUGAUGAAAACUGUGGUCCCACCACUACAGUUUUUGUUGGCAACAUUUCUGAGAAAGCCUCAGACAUGCUUAUAAGACAGCUCCUCGCUAAAUGUGGCUUGGUUUUGAGCUGGAAGAGAGUACAAGGUGCAUCUGGAAAGCUUCAAGCCUUUGGAUUCUGUGAGUAUAAGGAACCGGAAUCUACGCUCCGUGCACUCAGAUUAUUGCAUGACCUGCAGAUUGGAGAGAAGAAGCUACUUGUUAAAGUUGACGCAAAGACAAAGGCACAGCUAGAUGAAUGGAAAGCAAAGAAGAAAGCUUCUAAUGGGAAUGCCAGGCCAGAAACUGUCACUAAUGAUGACGAAGAAGCCUUAGAUGAAGAAACAAAGAGAAGAGAUCAGAUGAUCAAAGGGGCCAUUGAAGUUUUAAUACGGGAAUACUCCAGUGAGCUCAAUGCCCCCUCACAAGAAUCUGACUCUCACCCCAGGAAGAAGAAGAAGGAAAAGAAGGAGGACAUCUUCCGCAGAUUUCCUGUGGCCCCACUGAUCCCUUAUCCACUCAUCACUAAGGAGGAUAUAAAUGCUAUAGAAAUGGAAGAAGACAAGAGAGACCUGAUAUCUCGAGAGAUCAGCAAAUUCAGAGACACACACAAGAAACUGGAAGAAGAGAAAGGCAAAAAGGAAAAAGAAAGACAGGAAAUUGAGAAAGAACGGAGAGAAAGAGAGAGGGAGCGUGAAAGGGAACGAGAAAGGCGAGAACGGGAACGAGAAAGGGAAAGAGAACGUGAACGAGAAAAGGAGAAGGAACGGGAGCGGGAACGAGAACGGGAUAGGGAUCGUGACCGGACGAAAGAGAGAGAUCGAGACCGGGAUCGAGAGCGAGAUCGGGACCGCGAUCGAGAACGGAGCUCAGAUCGGAACAAGGAUCGGAGUCGAUCAAGAGAAAAGAGCAGAGAUCGUGAAAGGGAACGGGAGAGGGAAAGAGAAAGAGAGAGAGAACGGGAACGAGAACGGGAACGUGAACGAGAGAGAGAGCGAGAAAGGGAACGGGAGCGUGAGCGAGAGAAGGACAAAAAGCGAGAUCGAGAAGAAGAUGAAGAAGACGCAUAUGAACGAAGAAAACUUGAAAGAAAGCUCCGCGAGAAAGAGGCUGCCUAUCAAGAGCGCCUUAAGAAUUGGGAAAUCAGAGAACGAAAGAAAACCCGAGAAUAUGAAAAAGAGGCUGAAAGAGAAGAAGAAAGAAGAAGAGAAAUGGCAAAAGAAGCUAAACGACUGAAAGAAUUCUUAGAAGACUAUGAUGAUGAUAGAGAUGAUCCCAAAUAUUACAGAGGAAGUGCUCUUCAGAAAAGAUUGCGUGAUAGGGAAAAGGAAAUGGAAGCAGAUGAACGGGAUAGGAAGAGAGAGAAGGAAGAGCUGGAGGAAAUCAGGCAGCGCCUUCUGGCAGAAGGGCACCCGGAUCCAGAUGCAGAGCUCCAGCGGAUGGAACAAGAAGCUGAGAGGCGCAGACAACCACAGAUAAAGCAAGAACCAGAAUCCGAGGAAGAGGAAGAAGAAAAGCAAGAAAAAGAAGAAAAACGGGAGGAACCCAUGGAAGAGGAAGAGGAGCCAGAGCAAAAACCUUGUCUCAAGCCAACCCUGAGGCCCAUCAGUUCUGCCCCAUCUGUCUCCUCUGCCAGUGGCAAUGCAACUCCCAACACUCCUGGGGACGAGUCUCCCUGUGGCAUUAUUAUUCCUCAUGAAAAUUCGCCAGAUCAACAGCAACCUGAAGAGCAUAGGCCAAAAAUAGGACUAAGUCUUAAACUGGGUGCUUCCAAUAGUCCUGGUCAACCUAAUUCUGUGAAAAGAAAGAAGCUCCCGGUAGAUAGUGUCUUUAACAAAUUUGAGGAUGAAGACAGUGAUGAUGUACCCCGGAAAAGGAAACUGGUUCCCUUGGAUUAUGGUGAAGAUGAUAAGAAUGCUGCCAAAGGCACUGUAAACACUGAAGAAAAACGCAAACAUAUUAAAAGUCUCAUUGAAAAAAUCCCUACAGCCAAACCUGAACUGUUUGCUUAUCCCCUGGAUUGGUCUAUUGUGGAUUCUAUAUUGAUGGAACGACGAAUUAGACCGUGGAUUAAUAAAAAAAUCAUAGAAUACAUAGGUGAAGAAGAAGCUACGUUAGUUGAUUUUGUUUGUUCUAAGGUUAUGGCUCAUAGUUCACCUCAGAGCAUUUUAGAUGAUGUUGCCAUGGUACUUGAUGAAGAAGCAGAAGUUUUUAUAGUCAAGAUGUGGAGGUUAUUGAUAUAUGAAACAGAAGCUAAGAAAAUUGGUCUUGUGAAGUAAACUCUUUUACAUUAAGAGUUCCAUUUCAGAUUUCUUCUUUCCCAUCCUUCAAAGGACAUUAAUUUUUUUUUUUUGUCUUCAAAGACAUUUGUGAGAUCUGUAAUUUUUUUAAUGUAGAAAAUGUGAAUUUUUUGUCCUCUAAUUUGUUGAUGCCGUGUGUAUUCCCUUGGUUGUAAAGACAUCUGAACCCUACCAUGGCUCUCUUUAUACUCACCAGGUACAAAUUACUGGUAUGUUUUAUAAGCCGCAGCUACUGUACACAGCCUAUCUGAUAUAAUCUUGUUCUGCUGAUUUGUUCCUUGUAAAUAUUAAAAUGACUCCCCAAUUCUUAUGCAGAAUUGCACUUAAUAUUGAACUGUACUGUACAGGCACCAACAUGAAUGAUGUUAAAUUGAAAAAAUAACCAGUCAUACCUAUUACUCUUACCUCCUUGAUCAAAAAUGGCAGGCCCUCAUGAUGGGAUGAGAUUUAGAGUGUGAAAAUUAGCAGACAAUCCAUUCCUGCUGUAUCUCUGUAUGAAUGUGUUUGUGUGAGUGUAUGUAUAAAAGUCUUAUUUUUUCCUAGUUUGCUUUGGAAAUUUCCCUUAAACAUUUCCUAACUCAAGAAUAGAAUUGUAAAGGAAACACGGUAUUGUGCCAAUCCAGAUGUCUGGGAUAAUUAGGUUAUUACUCUCCCAGAGCAUGGUAUUCUCUUGUGGCAAACAACAGUCUAUUGAAUGAAAUGGGUUUUUCUGUUGAUGGCUGGCUGUGUCAGCCUCUCCUUAAGGGAGUGUGAAUCAUAGUGGUUUCCCCCCCUGAUUUCAUUGUUCAGAAAUGAGGCAGAUCCUUAGAAUUUGGAGAGCUUUAUUUUAUGCAUUUUUUUGCACUUCAUUGAUACUUAGUUUAAUUUUGAUGUACCCCUUUGUUUUAAAAAAGAAAGCUUCAUUCAGAAACCAUAAAUGAAAAAAAAUCUUAAAAUUAUCAAAAGAUAAAAUUAGGCAAUUUUACAGGCUAGCAAACAUUUGAAAAAAUACUGUAGCAGUUUAGCAUGGCAAUUUACAAAGUUUACAUCUAAUUUCUGAGGAUAAAGCAAGUCAUUUAAAGCAGUUACCACUCAUUUGUGUCUGUCAGGGGUUUAUAUCUUGUGUGUGUGUGUAUAUGCAGGCACACACCUUGUUUACUUCUCUGCUCAUCAGUGUUCAAAACUGUACUGAUCGUGUUCUUACAGAUAUACAUGAGGCUUUCUUUAUUAUAGAUCAGGACUUCACCAGGGAGCAAAAUUACCCCAAAAUGUACCAAGUUUUAAACAGAAAUUAGGUGUAGCUAUUCCCAUGUCUGAGUAUUUAUUUUUUAAAAAGAUUGAGGGGGUGUGUUAAAAAAAAAAAACACCAUAAAAAGCAUAACUGAACUUGAAUUACAAGAAUUUUUUUUUACAUCUUAAGAGGACAUUUGAAAACACUGUUCUUAACAUUGAACCAUGAUGUGCAUGGUUCCAUUAUGUAAAUAUAUCAAAUAUUAAAAAUGUAUAUAUUUGAUCUUGGGGACUCAUUCUUUCAGAGUCUUGUUAAAUAAAUGGCAUCAUGGUGUAAUUAUGCGGUGCAUACUAGAAACUUAACUUGAAAAUAUGGGCUGAAUUUUUGAUGGACUGGAAUUUUGAGUAUUAGUACCUGAAGGUGAGAAGAGGCCAUUUCCCUUAUUUUGGGUUAGUCUAGACAUCUAUGGAGAUAUAGCCCCUUUUAGUGUUAUAAUAUUUUAAAUUGUAGUUUCUGAAGGGAAUGUUUUAGAAACAUGUUUCUUGCCAUUUACAAACUAAUUUGCCCGUCCUUUCUCAGAUUGAUCCCCCAAUGUAACUCCUUGUUCGAGCAGUUUAUUAUGCCUCUCUAUCUUCUCUUACAUAUUACUGCUUCUUAGACAUCAUAUUAGGUUGGUUUUAUUUAGCCAGCAUUAGCAUGGAAGUUUAUUCAGGUAGAUUUAAUUUUCCUUGCUUUGGUCUCUUCUGCUCUUUCAAUCAUAUUUACCUUAAAAGGGCGUGAAGCUCUUAGGGGCACGUACCAUAUACUGCAUAAUACCUCCAGUGAGAUAGGUGUCAGGAUCCCAGAUUUAUAUAUUAACAUUUCUGCAGCAAAUGAUCUGAUCUGACUGAUCAUUGAGUUAAAGACUGCUACAUUAAUUGUUUAAUGUCAGUUCAAGUCAGAUUUUGCCACUAAGCUUAAACUUCAGGAUCUUCAGAAUUUUUCAGGUUUGUAUGUAAAGAACCGGACAUGUAUAAGCAUAAGAAUAAGCUGGCACAUUCUAGUGUCAGUAAUAUUACACUUCAGAAAAUUUCUGCUAAAUCGCUUGAAGUUUCUGGGUUGUCUUUACGAUUUGUCCAUAGGUUAAUUUCAAAUUGGAAUCCUUAGUUAAUCUAUAUAUUGCCCCUUCAAGUUGUUAUAAAAUUACAUGAAAGUCUUGAUAGCCAUUCUGAUGUGGCAGCUAGGAAACAAAUAUGCUUUCUCUUCAUUUAACCCUGUAAAUAAAAUAAUUUUAAAUGUGUACAUCUGUCUACAGGAAGAAAGUGGUUUUUCCCAAACUUUUAACAUGCACCUGAAUCACCAGCGGGAUCUUGUUAAAAUGCAGACUUAGUAAGGGCUACGGUGGCCCUGAGACUUUGCCUUUCUGACCAGCUCCCACAUGUUGCCAGUGCUAAAUGAUAAUAAGGACUACUUGAUUGUCAGUUCAGGGUCAGUACUGGUAUUUUGUCCUAACAGACUGCAUAAAUGCAGCUUAAUUUUUUUUUCUUUUUUUCUUUUUAAGUAUGUCUUAAAAA